GGUCGAGGAAGUGGCUCCGUGACGUCAUCGCCUCAGCGUGUCAGCGUGCACCGAGCUGAUGAGAGCUGCUGUUCAUCGGUUUUAUUUCACAUCGCAAUAACUCCAUCACCAAUCCAGACAAAUCAUGGCGCAAGGGCUGAAAGACCGCUUCGAGAGGUUCCUUAGUGAGAAAAACCUGAUGACGGACGUGCUGGCGAAGAUCGAGGCGAGGACCGGGGUGAAAAGGUCCUACAUCGCGUGCGGUGUCACCUUAACCUCAUCAUUCUAUCUGGUGAUCGGAUACGGCGCUUCUCUGCUCUGUAACCUCAUCGGAUUCGUCUAUCCUGCGUACAUAUCAAUCAAAGCCAUUGAGAGCGCAACCAAAGAGGACGACACCAAAUGGCUGACCUACUGGGUGGUUUACGGCGUGUUCAGCAUCGCCGAGUUCUUCGCUGACAUUUUCCUCUCCUGGUUCCCCUUCUACUUCCUGGGAAAGUGUGCUUUCUUGGUUUGGUGCAUGGCUCCCACUCAAUCAAACGGCUCUGUUCUGAUCUACACAAGAAUCAUCCUGCCCUUCUUCCUAAAGAAUGAAGCCAAGAUCGACAAUGUGAUGAAAGACAUCACGGAUAAAGCGUCAGAGGCGGCAGACAAGUUUAAAGAUGAAGCCAAGAAAGCCACUGCCAACCUUAUAUUUGAGGAGAAAAAGAGCCACUAAAAUCCGAAGCUAUUUCAACUGCCUCAUCA